AUGGCACCGGAAUCAUACUGGCGACGGCGCCUGUAUGAUGGGCCCCAGGCUCAUGGAAAUGCCAAUGAUGCCCACGGCCCGACCAAUGCUGGGCUCACCGAGGCUCUCGCUCAGGAGGGCCAGGCACACAACCCGGCGCAGACGGCGGCGAUCCAGGGGUCUAUGCUGGUGCCGACGGCGAGGUGA